GGAUAUCAGAAAAAGCGAGAACUAGGCUUAGGUAGGAUCAAGCAUCAAAAUCAAGCCUCCUAUUGGUCCAAGUAAUAUCAUCUUAUCCAUAGAUCUAAAUCCAAAUACCACCGGCCAUUUACUUUCAUGAUCCUUCACACAAAAUCUCCAAGCCUAGCUCCACCAUAAACAUCGGCAAAAGCAAACCCGGACUGUAGCUCAUACAUCCAUCAUCUACAUCCCAUGGCAACUCAAGCAGGUCUCUUCACCCCCACAAUCAUCACCCCAAAAUCUCUGGCUCCAUGGAAACCAUCCCCAUCAUUUUCAUUCGCUACCCCCAAGUCCCUCAACUUCUCUAUGGCUCAGAGAACCAUUAAGGCUGCAGCUGCAGAUGAGGCUGCCACAAAGGAAGCUCCGGUGGGUUUCACCCCUCCAGAAUUGGACCCUAACACCCCAUCACCCAUCUUUGGAGGAAGCACCGGAGGACUGCUUAGAAAGGCCCAAGUUGAAGAAUUCUACGUCAUCACAUGGGAUUCACCCAAAGAACAAAUCUUUGAGAUGCCAACCGGCGGAGCAGCCAUCAUGAGGCAAGGACCUAACUUGCUCAAGUUGGCCAGGAAAGAACAGUGCUUGGCUCUCGGCACCAGACUGAGGUCUAAGUACAAGAUCAAGUACCAGUUCUACAGGGUUUUCCCUAAUGGUGAGGUUCAAUACCUUCACCCCAAAGAUGGAGUUUAUCCUGAGAAAGUGAACCCAGGUCGUCAGGGAGUGGGGCUGAACUUCAGAUCAAUUGGGAAGAAUGUCAGUCCCAUUGAAGUUAAGUUCACUGGGAAACAAGUUUAUGACUUGUAAGAUGAGAUACUUGGGAGAGUGCUUAGUGAAAAAUGAUGAUGUAACCAGGAUUAUGUGAUUAUAGAUCGAUGUGUCUGUUAAUUGUUUUAUGUACUUUCCUUUUCUCUUUUUCCUACUGGCCAUUGGCCUCCUGUAUUUCAUCCAUUUUGCAAGGCUUAUAUAUGAAAUGUUUGCGGAAGUGCUUGAUGAUUAAAUUAACUUCAGUACUUUUUUUUU